AAUCUAUAUAAAUUCAAGGUUUUAAUUAUUUUUAACUGUAAAACUGUAUAAUUAUAUAUAAAUGCAUUGACGGCGUUGAGGGAAAAAGAUGGCGCCCACUCACGUAUUGAGAUGCUGUCAACGGGGAUUAGCAUGGAUACCUGUGAUUUUUAUCGCUAUGGUCGUCUGCUGGUCCUAUUAUGCCUACGUGGUGGAGCUCUGCAUAUUCACCAUCACGAGUAUAGGAAAACAGGUUGCAUACCUCAUCCUCUUCCAUCUCUCCUUCAUUAUGUUCGUGUGGUCCUAUUGGAAGACCAUCUUCACAAGGCCCAACAACCCUUCCAAAGAGUUCUGCUUGCCCAAGGCUGAGAAGGAACACUACGAGAAGGAGGAGAGGCCAGAAUCUCAGCAAGAGAUUUUGUGGCGAGCCGCCACCAACCUGCCAAUUUACACACGCACCGGAGCGGGAGCAAUUCGCUACUGUGACCGCUGUCAAGUGAUCAAGCCGGACCGGUGUCAUCACUGCUCUGCGUGUGACAUGUGUGUGCUGAAGAUGGACCACCAUUGUCCCUGGGUGAACAACUGUGUAGGGUUCUCCAACUACAAGUUCUUCAUUCUCUUUUUGGCCUACUCGCUGCUUUACUGCCUGUUCAUUGCAGCCACCGUGCUGCAGUAUUUCAUCAAGUUCUGGACUCUUUGCCGGAGAAAAUCGGCUGAGAACUGCCCAAAGAAUGACCUGCAAGAGACUCACUCGCACGCCAAAUUCCAUGUCUUGUUUCUCUUUUUUGUGGCGGCCAUGUUCUGCAUCAGUAUUCUCUCCCUCUUCAGCUACCACCUGUGGCUCGUCGGAAAGAACCGCUCCACCAUCGAGGCAUUCAGAGCACCCGUCUUUAGGACCGGGUCAGACAAGAACGGCUUUUCCCUUGGGUUCCGGAAGAAUAUCGCUCAGGUGUUUGGAGACCAAAAGAAGUAUUGGCUACUGCCAGUUUUCACAAGUCAAGGCGACGGCGUGACGUUCCCUACUCGCCUGGUCAACAUCGAUGUCGAACAGCCUACAGCUACUUUGCACCCGGACCAUAGUAAAAGCGAAGUGACCGUGAGCCCCCUAAGCGAGUCGCAGAAUCGCCUCUUGAGCAACGAGCAACUCACCAAAAGCAUGGGGGACCAUGUGGUUCAUAAUCCUGGUAAAUCAGCUUCAAACGACACCACCACCCUCUCCAUGGAGAGCGAAUCCUAACCAGGAGCGACGCCUCAAUCAUCCAGUCUGAUGCCUUAAGCCGCGCGACACUUUUGCUCAUCACCAUGGUGACGGACCCUCCGUGCAACCUCAGAGUAACUAUGGAAAUGCAUUCCUUUCGCCUGUUGAAGCACAGAGUCCACGGCAUUGGUGUUUUUUCCCGCAUUUGGCAACACCAGCUGUCCCCGUACACACACACAAACACGCACACAUGUAUUAUUAUUCUUUUACUGGAAUAUUUAUGGGAACGGAAAUGCAGGAGUUAAAAGCUGCUUUUUUUAUAAUUAGUAUUGUUUUUUUAUUUUUUCGUUUUGUUUGUGCCAAAAGCUACCUGGAUCCACAUUCAGAUGGUCUCAGCACAAAUCUGCAGUCAAAUGUAUGAGGAAAAACUGGAUAUUUACCUUUUUGUGUUUUUGUGAAGAAUCCAAUGACGAUAGGAUCAUUGUUUUUCUUCUCGGAACUUUGAUUUUGAACGAUUUUCGGAGGGAGAAAACACGAUUUUUCAGCACAGAUGUCCCAGACGCGUGGGUCAACGGACUGUUUUUGUCUGAGCACAAGAUGGUGCGUUUGCACUGCAGAGAUCAUUCAUGUCCAUCAUAUAGUGAUAAAGCAACACAUCUUUGGUGUCUGCGCGUGUGUUUACAAUAUGCAGCCUUUCUGUUUUUACGUGCUUGCUUAUCUAGAAUUCGUCCUUUAUGUUCUGUACCGCCCGCAGUCGUUGACGAAUCUAUUGCCAAAAUAAGGGCUUGAACCGUCAGGAGUUUAAAACUUCUGAACCACAGAUGUUUACAGCAUAUUUAGCUUAGUUUAACCAUUGUGGGCCCAACCACAUUAAAAGUCAUUGCGCGUUUUUUUUUUUUUCCCCAAAAUGGACCUGUCGUAUUGUCUUACUAUGACCAGCAGAUGGCAAUGUAGUGUUAAUUUUGCCUCUAUUACACAGACCUAAUGUUUUUGAAUCGUGGAUUAAAAUUAAAAUGAAAAAAAUAGUCGAAUUAUAAUGACGUAACAUCACCAAGUCACUUUGGCCUUGUCUGCUUGUCCGAAACGUAGUUCGUGUUGAUAGGUGAAUCGUCUCGUGUCCGUGGCAACGCAGGGAAAUCAUUUAUAUCACAGUAGCUCCAAUGUAUGAUUUUAAUCUUUUGUACAGCAGUUUAAUUUUUAGAACGAUGACCUAAUAUACCAAGGAAUUUUGUUACAUAUAUGCAACAUUUACCCUCACUCGCACGUUUUUUUUUUUGUUUGUCCGAUCACAUCUCUAUCCUAUCUUACAUCUCAUGCUGUAUCUAAGUUUACAGCCAUUUAUAUAUUGUACAGAGUGGCCUGUGGUGUUGUACAUUGUUUUUUUUAUCAUAGCUGUGCUACGUGUAAGCAAAAAUAGAUCGUAUUUCAUGUGGUGUCGCGGUUGAUACUGUCGCAGUUUUGUUACCUGGCACCGUUCAAACAAGUGACAAGCUCAUCAUGAGUAGGCAUGUGUCGGUUACCGGUUUCAAGGUAUCCCGUGGUAUGAAAACGUCAAGGAUUUAAAACCGCUAAAAUUUUCUGUCAUAUCGUCCCUACGGUAUUAGCUAUUUUAUACAACCCCUAGCAAAAAGUGUGGAAUCACCAGUCUCGGACAAGCACUCACUCAGACAUUUUAUCAUGUAGAACAAACUCGGAUAAAAAGCUUGGAAAAAAAUAAUGAAUUGUUUCAAAAAUGGAACUUUUGUUUGGUGCUGUUCCAGUGAGAUUUACAAAGAUAACUGCCUGAAGAAAACAUCAAAAUUCCCUCAGUCCUUGAUGAUAUGGUGCUGCAUGUCAAGCAAAGGCACUGUGGUUGAAUCUUCUAUAAAUGCACAAGUUUACAUUGAAAUUUUAGACAGCUUUCUUAUCCCUUCAAUUAAAAAUAUGUUCGUCAUUUUCCAAGAUGACAAUGCAUCAUGCCACAGAGCUAAAACUGUUGAAGCAUUCCUUGGAGAAAGACUCAUCCAGUCAAUGUCAUGGCCUGCAAAUAACCCAGAUCUCUACCCUAUGGUGAAAAUCAGGGGGAAAAAAAUGUCCACAGCAAGGAUGAUCUGGCAACUGCAAUCAUAGAGAGUUGGCACCAAAUUGAUGAAGAAGCCUCAUCAAGUCUAUGCCUCAGAGACUGCAAGCUCUCAUAAAGGCCAGAGGUGGUGCUACUAAAUAUUAAAGAUCAUUAUUUCUUUGUUUGUUUCUCAUGAUUCCAUAUUUUUCUCCCCAGAAUGGAGUGUUUCCAUAUAUAUUUCCCUGCACUUGGUCUAUAAAAGUAACAUUUACUGACCACCACCACGAUUUUUUUAAUUUAGUGUUUCUGAAUGCUAAAGAGUUGCACUUUUGAACUAAUUCCUUUUUUUUUUUUUUUUCCCAACCUUUUUAUCAGUUUGUUCUACAUGAUGAAAUGUCUGAGUGAGUACUUGUCCAAGACUGGUGAUUCCAUACUUUUUGCUAGGAGUUGUUGGUAUAAAAAAUGCAGGGCUCACCACUCCCCCUUAAGUUGUUGUUCAGUGUCAGUGUUGGCUGGGUCACAUGAAACACUUUAAUUUUUUCCCCCCAUCAAAGAAAACAAAGUUACUGGUAUGGGAAUACUUUGGGUACAGGAAAGUUGCAGACAGCAGCGGCUUACGUGGGCCAACCGACAUGUAAAAUAUAUUUGCGGAAGGUGGCUACCAGAGAAGGCAAUAUCUCCAAUAUGCUUUCGCAUUUAUACAAAAUUAAAGGUUACUAAAUGCUGUCAUGAACAUUUCCCAGUAGCUACGAGAGUUAACUCCAGGGUGUGUAGUUUGUCUAGCAGUGGUAAAACAUACUGUAACAUCAUCUUGUUAACGAGGCAGAUAACGCGACUAAUUAGCAUGCGAUUUUAAUUUUAUUUAGAAUUUUUUUUUUUUUUAACUUGAUACUUACUGUAAUUUUCACACUAUAAGGUGCACCUUACUAUAAGCCGCCACCCACAAAAUUUGACACGUAAACAGCAUUUGUUCAUAGAUAAACUGCACUGGAUUAUAAGCCACAGCUGUCCUCACUGUAUUAUGGGAUAUUUACACCAAAAGAUAUCAAUUGGUAACACUUAAUUUAACAGCAGCAUCUAAGACUGUCAUAAGACCAAAUGAACCACCAUGAAGCUUUGAUCCAAUUGGCUGCAAAGCUUCAUUGCUUCAAGAAGCUUCAUUUGGCCAUCACUGUUCGAUUGGGGGAGAUGGUCAACCUCUGCUGCCACCUACUGUCAACACUGUUGUCGUCCAACAUGCCUCCUAGCCUGCAUUGCAGCGCUACAGAUGUAAAUAACAAUCAAAAUUCAUGUUCUGUGCUAAUUAUUUCUUCAGUUAUUGUUCCAGUUCUUUCAUUAGUUGCUACGUAAGGUACUUGGUAACACUUUAUUUGACGGUGGCACCAUAAGACUGUCAUUAGGCAAUCCUAAUUAUGACAAGACACUGCCAUACGCAUUAAUGAAUGCUUAUGACAGAUGUCAUUUUUUGUCAUCUGGCAAAUUAUCUCCAUUUUGAACGGAUGUAAAAGAUCGUAGCUGGACAUAAAUGGAGUUUGUGACAUAAUUUGUCGGAUGACGGUAAGCAUUCAUUAAUGCCCAUAAUUCUGUAAUGUCAUAAUUAUGACUGUCUUAUGGCAGUCUUGACGCCGCUGUCAAAUAAAGUGUUACAUAUUAACACAAAUCAACAAUUAAGCCGCACUGGACAUAAGGAUUCAAAAUGAGGGGGGAAGUAGUAGCUGCUUAAAGUCCAAAAAUUACGGUAUAUUCCAAUUUGCUCAUAUGUUGUUUUGAAAAAUAAAAAUCCUGUUCACUGGAAAAAAGGUUUGAUGAACAUCCAGACAGAAAUCAAUAUAUUUUAGAGCUGUAAUUGCAAUGCAAUACCGUGACACUUGAUGCUUAAGGUUAUCACCGUCAUAACCUCGUACCAGCACAUGCCUAAUCAUGAGUUUAUAGCAGCCCAACACUGAGCCUUCUCUAAAGGGAACAAACCAAAACUUGGUUAACAAAUUCCGGUAACACUUUUUUUGACGGUGGGCUCAUAAGACUGUCAAAAGACUAGAGAAGUCCCGAUCGCAUAUUUUUGCACCCGGGUCACCUGAUUUUGAGAAUGUGCCGAGAACGAGUCCUGAUCCGAUACCGUAAAGUUUUUGGGAAAAAAAAAAGAAAAAAGUUCCAAAAAUGUCACUGUCGCACCGUGCCGCCUUAAUAUGAAUUAUUUUCAAACAAGAAUAGUAUAGAAAAAUGCUUGUCUUUAUUAAAUGCUUUAUUGAGUGAGUCCACUCACGCUUUGACGCUCACGCUGCUGAGAACAGCCUCUCACUUACACAAUGAGUUGCCACAGCACACUUAUGCAAGUUUAACGAUGAUUGACACAUUUGCGGCUUUGAUCGUAGUGCUACACUGCAAAAACACACUUCUUUAAAGCUAGUUAAAUUCCCUUGUUUUCAGUGUAAAUCUACUAGAAAUAACUGAAAUUAUCCGCAGGUGCUUUAAGUCAAUUUUACUCAGAUUUCUAGAAAUAAGAAAAUUAGCAAGCUGAAUAAGAUUAACAGAUAGGGCUGCAGCUAUCGAUUAUUUCAGUAACCGAUUAAUCUAUCAAUUAGUUACUUCAAAUAAUCAAGUAAUCGUAAUGUGCAACAAAGGCUUGCGAAGACUGGACUUUCAAAAGAGCAUUAAAUUGAAGUACCAAAUAAAAUUCCUGCAUUUUCAUUUAAAAAGAAAUUAAAAUACCUGAACUUAGCCUCAAACAGUAUGGAAAAAAGUACUACAGGAUCAAAGUACAACAAAAGAACAGUUGUCUAACUUGCACAUCAAAAGUCCGCUAGCAUAAAUGCUACACAAUACUUUUUUUUUUUUUUACAAUGUUAUUAACACAUCGUACAAUACCUCUAGACUAAAUUAUGAAUGCAUUAUCAUAUUAGCUCAAACAAUAAUAUAUAUAUACUGUGUAUAUAUAUAUAUAUAUAAUCUUAUGCUGGUCUUGACAGGGAGCAGCUGGAACUUAGAUGACUUGUGUCACAUUCACUGUUCCCACUAGAGGGCAGUGUAUCCACCCAAAUGCAUACAACUCAAUGCAAAAACUUUUUAAACAAACCAUUACAACGCAACCUUAAUUAAACAAAUCCUCGAAGCAGCAAAAUAUUAUUCGAAGCUUUUUUCUAAUCGAAUUACUCGAGUAACCAAUUAAUCGUUGCAGCACUAUUAACAGAUUUAUUUUAAGCAGAACAUUAGUAUAUUUAAUCUUUAAAGAGUUUUGAAAUGCAAGAAAUUAAUUCAUUCAAGAACCGAUAUUGUUCAAAAUAUUAUUUGAAAGCAAAUUUUUCUUGAUUUAGGUGAAAAAUGACCAAUUUUUAGAUGUAUGGGCUGAAUAAAUAAAAAAAUAUUAUUUACUUCAGUGGAAUAAUCUGACGCAGUAAUCUACGAAUUAGUCUUUCGCACUUGAAACAAAAUGUUGAAAAUUAUUUAUCUAAAUUUAAGAAAAAUAAUCUGAUUUAGACAUGAUAAAUUUGCAGUGGACCAUGCGUCUCUGGCAAGGUCAAAGCUACAAACCUGUCAAUCAUCGUUAACUUUAAAGCAACAUUUAGUAUCUUUUCAGUUUUGGUCGAUUUUAGCGACGCCGGUGGACAAAAGAGGUAGUGUUUUGCCUUAAGGAAGACUUUGACGCGAUCGGCCCAAUUUCCAAUCACGUGAUCUGAUCGGGACAUCCCAACAUAAGACCGUCAUAAUUAUGACAUGACACUGUCAUGAGCAUUAAUGAAUGCUUAUGAUCUGUAAGUAUCAUCUGGCGAAUUUUGUCACAAACUCCAUUAAUGUCUAGUCCGCACCUUUUAGAUCCAUUCAAGUGCCAAAAUUUGCAAGAUGGCACCUAAUGAUAUGUCAUAAGUAUUCAUUAAUGCUUAUGACUGUGUCAUGUCAUAAUUAUGACAGUUUUAUGACCGCACUGUCAAAUAAAGUGUUACCCAAAUUCAUUUACAGUCAUUACAAACAAGCUAUUAUUCCCCUCAUUUGGAGCCAUCAUCCUCUUAUUUUCUAUAAAUAGCCUGUAAUCAUUUUCUGGGCUGUUGGGCCUUGAGAUCGAUGCGUGCGUGUGUAUUUUUGCACUUUGCUGUUUUGUAAUAUUAUCGUCGAGACACAUGGUUCAGUGCAGCGAACUUAUAUUUUGUUUUUUGUUUUUUUCAUACGUUGUGCGAUGUGCAUCAUGCCAGAAUAAAGCCCCUAAGCAUGGCGUCUCACUGUCAGAAAAUGUGACUUUAGCCUUGUGUCAAUGUGGUUGAAAUUGAAGGUGCAUCAUGUUUGAAAGCAGCUUUACUCUGGUGUGUCCUAAUAAAUGAAGCCAUAAAACCACGAAAAGCAGUGUACAUUUGUCAUUUUAGCAUGAAGUCAGUUGUUGUGAGACGUUUUGUCCUGUUAUAGGCAAAUAGUCCAGACAUACCAAUUUGCUCCUUCAGUGUGCAUGGAUUAAAUUCUCUGUCGUAAUGACGGAAAUCCAUCAGCAGGGAUUGGUGGUGGGUGGUAUGAAAAUGGAGGACUAUGAUUAAUUUUUUGUUGG